AUGUUAGGCUCUGCAGGAAACAUCAUGCUGGGAAUGCUGUCGGCGCCCGAUGCGCCGCAGAGCUUACAGGACCGCACAGCAGAGGAAGUCCUUCGUCGGGCAAGGAUCGCACACGGCAGUCGAAUGGCGACUCUGGCGCACGUCAACCGCGUGGUAGACGAGCGUUCCACCUCCCGUCAACAGCGGACCUCCCUCAUCCGCAUGCAGUACGACAGGAGAGGACCUGCUUUUUCAGUUUUUGACGAUACAGCCCAUGCCUAUGCGGAGGUCAGCGCCUAUGCAGACCUAGACAGCCUCGGACACAGCUCACCGUCUGACGGUGCGGCCUCCAGUGAGGACGAUGAGAAGACGGAGGAGGGCGACAGCAGUCAGCCGCGCACGAGUGCCGACACGCUGGCUAGUUGCACGUCCCGCAAGGACAGCUGCGACUGCGAACGAGGGCAAGAUAGACCCCCGCCAGCCAGCAGCAUGCCCGCAGCCAACGCAGCCAGCAGCCGCUCAAGCAGUCGCCGCAUCCUCCCCGCCGGCAUCCCCAGUUUAAACCUCGCCGACAUUAAACCCGCCGCCGACGACGAGCUGGUGUCUGAAGAUCUCUUUGCCAAGUGCAUCGUGCGGUUACGCAGCGCGACAGCCGAAGUGGGAAGCAGCGGCGGCAGUGGAAGCAACCGAAGUGGAAAUGGGAAUGGAAGCAGCGAAAGUGGAAAUGGGAAUGGAAACAGCGGUAACGGAAGCGCAAGCGCUGGCCAUAGUCAGCUGUCCGCCGGGGCGCCCACUGCGCCGGCGGCCGCCUGGGUGGACGAGGAAUCAUCGCCGCCACAGACGAGCGGCGGUGGCGGCGGCGGCGGCGGCGACUUCUCCAGUUCUGCCCAAAACACUUCACCCUGGGACUGUGAGACUGCUACGUCCUUCAGCUUGACGCUCCCGAGUCACAUCAACGAUGCGUGGGUGAGGGCGGCGAUGAGCCCACAGCCCGGCUCUGCACUUGCCAACCUGCUCGCUAACUCCGCAUCGAGCAGUUGGCGAUUGAGGGCGAAGCGCGUCUCAGCGCCGUCAGGUGCGGGGCUGCCACUUCUGCGGGCAUCAUGCCCCGGACCGGUGGCAGCUGGGCCGGGCGACGGCAGCGGUGAAACUGCUGCCGCCGCCGCUGCCGCCAGCGGGGCCGGUGGAGGGUUGCCGCCGCGCAGCGGCCCCGCCGCCACCAUAUCAUCACGGUCCGCCCUCCACGGCACCGGCUCCACCGGCGCGCCGGCGACUCCGCCAGUCAGGUCCAGCGCGUUGACUUCUGAGCUCUCUAACGGGGCCUUAUGGGGCGCCCCUGGCGUUCCAAGGCCUCAAGUGUUUGCCGCGCCACAAGCACCCAUGGCGGAUCUCUCACCCGCCUCAACGGCCUCGUCUUUCGUGUCGCCACCUCAGCCGCCGUUGGGACCUCAACAUCAAGGUGGGCAACAACAGGCGGCGGCGACGGUGCUGCCGCCGCCGCCGCCGCCGCUGCCGCUGCAAUCGCGUAACUCCCGCGACAGGAUCCCUUCCACCCCACUUCCAGCCACCACACUGCCGUACAUCACAACCCCAAUCGCCGCCACGUCUGCCGCCGGCAUCCGCUCACGGAGCGCAAGUCCGGCCCCUCUCACUGCCAGUGGCGCCAGCCCGAAUCGUACCAGCGUGCAGGAACACAACAGCAUGGCUGGCGGAGUGGCUGCCGUCUGGCGGGUUGCCGCGCCAGCCGUGCUGCGCGACCCACGGGUCGUUACCCCCGGCGGCCGGCGUUCAGUAGCGGGUGCAGCGGCCUCCAACGGCGUCCUUUCUAGUUCCUGGUCGGGGAGUCCGGGCCACCUCCGGCCCUGCAAUAGCACUGGCCGCGGCUCGACCAUCACUGUGUCCGCAGCAUCAACCCCCCCAGCAGUAUUUGCAACAGGUGAACAUGCUCCAGUUAGUUGCGGUAGCAAAGGUGGUGGCGGCGACAGCAGUGCCGGCGGUGGCUGCGGUGGCGACACCAAACCCCGCGCAGCACCUGAGGCCCCGCAGCCGCAGCAGUACCCACAGCAGCACGAGGUUUCCCCGGGUUGUCGUACGGCGCAACACCAGCAGCAAGAAGCUAUACGGCAAGAGUCGUCGCGGGUUCCAAAGCGGCCGGCGGUAGCAGCGGCGACGACGACGGCGAUGUCGACGUCGGCCCAAAGUGUAUCGCCCGCCGGGCUGCUGGCGUACGGAAGGCUCAACGGCACGGGGGGCUUUCCGCCGUACCCAUCGCCGCCGCCGCCGCCACCACACCCGCAGUACCAAGCUGGAAUGUUGGGAGGCGGCAGGCCACGGUCUUGA